AUGACGCCAUCGCCGAAUCGGAGGCUCAUCGGCCUCUCAACCAAGAUGUACUUCCCACUCCAACGCACCCUCGACUUCAUCGCCGCUGUCCAGAGUGAGCUAAAGUCUCUCCCCCCUCAAACCUUCGACAACGUCGACAUCUUCUUCAUCCCUGAUUUCGUUUCCCUCCACCCCGUCAACCAGGCUUUGAAAUCCUCGCCGGUUCCCAUCCGACUCGGGGCGCAGGACUGCCACUGGGACGACUUCGGCGCCUUUACUGGGGAAGUCAGCCCGGUCGUCCUGAGCGAGACGGGGGUCACCAUUGUAGAGGUCGGCCACGCCGAGAGGAGGAGGAUCUUUGGGGAGACCGAUGAGGUCGUGGCGAAGAAGGCCGCCGCGGCCAGUCGGAACGGCAUGGCCCCGUUGAUCUGCAUCGGCGAGAAGACGGAGGGAGAUUUGGAGAUUGCCUUGAGCGAAUGCAAGACCCAGAUCGAUCAAUCUCUGGCCAAUGUCCCCGACUCCGCGGAGGUCAUUAUUGCCUAUGAGCCCGUCUGGGCCAUUGGUGCAAGCCAGCCGGCUAGCGAGGACCAUGUUAUCAAGGUGGUCAAGGGAAUCAGGGCGUUUGAAAGUGUUAAGAAGAGGACGGGCACAACGAGAGUGAUUUACGGUGGCAGCGCGGGGCCUGGUCUAUUUGAGAGGCUAGGAGAGGCUGUGGAUGGACUAUUUCUUGGGAGGUUCGGGCAUGAUGUACCGCGAUUCCUCAAGACAGUUUCCGAGGUGACUGCAUUUCAGAACCCUUGA